ACGACAACGGCACGGGCCACGCAUGCGCGAUCAGUCCAAAAGGCAGCGUGAUUUUUUUUUUUUUUUGUAUCGAAAACAUAUUUUUUUACGAUAAAUUUAAUUAUAUUUCGGUUUCGUUUUGACUUGUCUUUUUUUUUUGGUUGUUGUUGUUGUUGCAAAGAAGUGUUAAGAAGUGUCUAGCAUGACUAGCAAAUGGAAUUUAUGUGUGCUGUUAGCCGGUUGUUUGUCUUUGGUUGCCGGCCAAGAAGGCAACGUUCUCUUGGAGACAAUCAAUUUUCUGCGACGCGGUCAAUCGGAUGUCGAGCUGGAGAACUAUGAUAACACCAAUCAACUGGAAAGUGAAUAUGAUUUCAUUGUCGUUGGGGCAGGCACCGCUGGCUGUGCUCUGGCCGCACGUCUCUCUGAGAAUCCCAAGUGGAAGGUGCUACUCCUGGAGGCAGGCGGACCCGAACGUCUAGUUAUGGAUGUACCGAUUGUUGCACAUUUCCUACAACUCGGCGAAAUGAAUUGGAAAUAUCGUACUCAACCCUCGGAUCAUGCAUGUCUUGCGAUGAACAAUAAUCGCUGCAAUUGGCCGCGUGGUAAAGUGAUGGGCGGAUCUAGCGUCCUUAAUUACAUGAUGUAUACUCGUGGGAAUAGACGGGAUUACGAUCGGUGGGCUGAACUGGGAAAUACCGGGUGGAGCUGGAAGGAUGUCUUGCCUUAUUUCAAGAAGUACGAGGGCAGCAGCGUGCCAGAUGCUGAGGAGGACUAUGUUGGACGAAAUGGUCCUGUAAAAAUUAGUUAUGUCAAUUGGCGUUCCAAGAUUGCAGACGCUUUUGUCGAUGCGGCACAACAGGAUGGUCUCAAGUAUCGUGACUACAAUGGACGCAUUCAAAAUGGCGUCGCCUAUCUGCACACAACCACCCGCAAUUCGACCCGUUGGAGCUCCAAUCGCGCCUAUCUCUAUCCCCUGAAGGGAAAACGUCACAAUCUCCAUGUGAAGAAGAAUGCUCUGGUGACCCGUGUGCUCAUCGAUCCGCAGACAAAGACCGCCUAUGGCAUUAUGGUGCAAACCGAUGGACGCAUGCAGAAGGUGCUCGCCAGGAAGGAGGUGAUUGUCUCAGCGGGCGCCAUUAAUACCCCUCAGCUGCUCAUGUUGUCUGGAGUUGGUCCAGCUAAGCAUCUUCGAGAGGUGGGCAUUAAGCCCAUUGUGGAUCUGGCUGUGGGCUAUAAUCUGCAGGAUCAUACGGCGCCAGCUGUGACAUUCACAACGAAUGCCACAUCGCUGAAGUUUGAAGAUUUUGCUAAUCCAUCGUGGCUGACGAGAUACAAUCGAAUGGAGGGACCUUAUGGAUCACCUGGUGGCUGUGAGGCGAUCGCUUUCUGGGAUCUGGAUCAUGAGCGUGACGCAGAUGGUUGGCCUGAUAUUGAGCUAUUUCUGGUGGGCGGAUCGAUGUCCUCCAAUCCGGCAAUAUCCCGUGCCUUUGGCCUUAAGAAGUCUAUAUACGAUUCAAUAUUCGCUGAGAUCGAGGACAAGUCUCUUAAUGCCUUCAUGAUCUUUCCAAUGAUAUUGCGACCCAAGAGCCGGGGACGCAUCAUGCUGAAGAGCACAGAUCCCUUCAAAUAUCCCCUGAUACAUGCCAAUUAUUUCUCGCAUCCCUAUGAUGUGGAUAUAUCUGUGCGUGGUCUUCUCAAAGCUAUCAGCCUAAUGGAUCAAAAUGCCAUGAAGAACAUCAAUGCCAAGCUCUGGGAGAGAAAGAUUCCCACCUGCAAGCAGCAUCCCUACAAGAGUUGGGCCUAUUGGGCCUGCUAUGUCCGUCACUUCACAUUCACCAUCUAUCACUAUUCGGGCACCGCCAAAAUGGGACCCAAAUCCGAUCGUGCUGCUGUCGUCGAUGCUCGACUUCGAGUUCAUGGCAUAAAGAAUCUGCGUGUUGCGGAUGCCAGCAUUAUGCCCGAGAUUAUAGCCGGACAUCCGAAUGGACCCGUCUUCAUGAUUGCCGAAAAAGCCGCCGAUAUAAUCAAACAAGAUCAUGGCUUUAUCAAUUAAGCAACAUAUGACUACAUUAUUUUAGGUAUCACAUCAGGUUUAAGCUCCGUUCUAAGCAAAGCCAAGUGCCUGUUAAGAUUCUGUUCUUUUAAACCUUCAAUCUCAAUGAACGGGGCUUCAGUUAGUUUUCUAUCCACUUCUUCGCAUAAUAAUAAUAAUGAACUGAUUCUAAUCUAAGCUAGUUUCUAAGUAAUAAAUAAAACAUUAAAUACAUGUAUUUAGUUAUGAAAUUAUA